GAGAGAGAGAGAGAGAGAAUGGCUCACGAUAAGCCGAGAGAGAAUAGAUGGUCUCUUAAUGGAAUGAAUGCUCUGGUCACCGGCGGAACCAAAGGAAUCGGGCAUGCAGUGGUGGAGGAGCUGGCGGGGCUAGGGGCGGCAGUGCACACCUGUUGCCGCAACGAAGUAGAGUUGAACGCAUGUCUCCACCAAUGGAAGCAGAAAGGCUUCGCGGUCACCGGUUCUGUCUGCGACGUCUCCUCUCCGCCCCAACGCCACAAGCUCAUGGAGAUCGCCACUUCCUUGUUCCGCGGCAACCUCAACAUUCUUAUAAACAACGUGGGAAAAUACAUAAAGAAACCAACGGAGGAUUACACAGCAGAAGAAAUGUCGAAUGUCAUGUGUGUGAACUUCGAGUCGGCCUACCAUUUGUGCCAACUUGCUCAUCCUCUUUUAAAGGCAUCCGGGGCAGCAAGCAUAGUGUUCGUGUCCUCUGUUGCUGGUCUCCUUGCUGUUAAUAUUGGCUCUAUUUAUGGAGCAACUAAAGGAGCUACGAACCAACUGGCAAGAAAUCUGGCAUGUGAAUGGGCAAAGGAUAAUAUUAGAAGCAACUCUGUCACACCUUGGUUUACUGAGACGCCUCUUGUUGAAUCUUUGAUUUCUGAGCCAGAAUUUCUCAAAGUACUUAAGGCUCGAACUCCUCUUGGGCGUCCUGGCCAGCCAAAUGAAGUCUCGUCUUUGGUGGCGUUUCUCUGCCUCCCUGCCUCCUCUUAUAUAACUGGACAAACUAUUACCGUUGAUGGAGGGAUGUCUGUGAAUGGCUUCCUCCUGUGA